AUGGCCUACGUCUUGACAGAAACCUCAGCUGGGUAUGCUCUUUUGAAAGCAUCUGACAAGAAGAUCUAUAAGUCCUCUUCUUUGAUUCAGGAUUUGAACAGCAGUGACAAGGUCUUGAACCAAUUCAAGAUUGCUGCUUUCUCUAAAUUUUCAUCAGCUGCAAAUGCUUUGGAAGAAGCUAACUCUGUGAUUGAUGGUAAAGUCUCUUCCCAAUUGGAAAAACUGUUGGAAGAAUGCAAGACCGACAAAAAGGCCACCUUAGUUGUUUCUGAAACUAAAUUGGCAAACGCUAUCAACAAGUUGGGUUUGAACUUCAACGUUGUCUCUGAUGCCGUCACCUUAGAUAUUUACCGUGCAGUCAAGGAGUACUUGCCAGAACUUUUGCCAGGUUUGAACGAUCAAGAUCUUUCCAAGAUGUCAUUGGGUUUGGCUCACUCCAUCGGUCGUCACAAAUUGAAGUUCUCUGCUGAUAAAGUUGAUGUUAUGAUCAUCCAAGCUAUUGCUUUGCUAGACGAUCUAGAUAAAGAAUUAAACACUUACGCUAUGAGAUGUAAGGAAUGGUACGGUUGGCAUUUCCCAGAAUUGGCCAAGAUUGUUACUGAUUCUGUUGCUUACGCCAGAAUAAUCUUGACCAUGGGUAUUAGAGUUAAUGCUGCUGAAACUGACAUGUCUGAAAUUUUGCCUGAAGAAAUUGAAGAGAGAGUCAAGACCGCUGCCGAAGUCUCCAUGGGUACUGAAAUUACCCCAGUUGAUUUGAUUAAUAUCAAGUGUUUAGCCGAACAAAUUGUUGAAUUUGCUGCCUACAGAGAACAACUUUCUAACUAUUUGUCUUCAAGAAUGAAGGCUAUUGCUCCAAAUUUGACUCAAUUAGUUGGUGAAUUGGUUGGUGCUAGAUUGAUCGCACACUCUGGUUCUUUAAUCUCUUUGGCCAAGUCUCCAGCUUCCACCAUCCAAAUCUUGGGUGCUGAAAAGGCUCUUUUCAGAGCAUUGAAAACUAAGCAUGACACUCCUAAAUAUGGUCUAUUGUACCACGCUUCCUUGGUUGGCCAAGCAUCUGGUAAGAACAAGGGUAAGAUUGCCAGAGUUUUGGCUGCUAAGGCUGCCGUUUCUUUGCGUUACGAUGCUUUGGCUGAAGAUAGAGACGAUUCUGGUGACAUCGGUUUGGAAUCCAGAGCUAAGGUAGAAUCAAGAUUGUCCCAAUUAGAAGGCAGAGACUUGAGAACCACACCAAAGGUCGUCCGUGAGCACAAGAAGACUGAAAUCACAGAGGCUAGAGCAUACAACGCAGAUGCUGACACCGUGUCUUCAGCUGCUGCUCCUGCUGACUCUGAUGAUGAAUCCGAGGACGAGGAAGAAACCAAGGAAGAAAAGAAAUCUAAGAAGGAUAAGAAGGAUAAGAAGAGAAAGAGAGACGAUGAUGAAGAGUCUAAGGAAUCUAAGAAGUCUAAGAAGGAGAAGAAAGACAAGAAGGAAAAGAAGGAAAAGAAGGAAAAGAAAGAAAAAAAGGAUAAGAAAUCUAAGAAGGAAAAGAAAUAG